CCAGAAGUUUUGGGAAAGGGGUCUGCACGGCGGAGCUAGCGGUGCCUCGCUUGUGGUAGAUCUGUCAAGCGUUGCGGAAAAACAGAGCGAGUGGAGAGAGGGAAAAGAUGGUGGAAGACAACAGGUAGCGAUUCUCGAGCAGCUGGAUCAUGUCCGGGACUUUUUAAAGCGAACAGCCACUGAGGAACUAGCUUUCUCGAACCUGACAUCAAAGACGACCACGACACUAUUAAGGAAGGCUACCUCCGCUGAAGCAUCAUAUCCUUUUUUUCUAGGCUCAGACUGUUUUUUAUUUGUUGGAAAGAGAAUCACUGCGCUCUGGUCUUCCUCGGUCCAUCUCAUCAUUAACACCAUGAAGAUCCUUGGAGGUUCCUGCUUUUCAAGUGGUGGAAAAAGAAGGCUGGCUCCUCCAAGGAUAUCGUGGCUCUUGAAGAGGAAGAUGCGGCCGCGUGGUAGCUCUAAGAACAAAGAAAACAGCACUACAGGAAUCUUCGCGGAAGAAACAAGGACGGACAAAAGAUGAUGGUGAACAAGAAAUAGAAAUUUCUGCGCCUACUUCUCCACGACCUAGUAGCAGACCGAUGAAGACAACAGAAUUAGGCGGACGAGACCGAAAUCCUCAGUCAGAUGAAGACAACAGACCGGUGAAUACUCUAGGCGGAGACCGAGAUCAGCAGUCAGUGUUUGUUCCAAAUCAUGGCGCCUUCGAAGUUUUUCCUUCACGCGGUAAAGAUCUCCGAGGAACACGCGUGCUAGAUGACGGACUACUACUAGAUGACGGACUUGGAAUACCUGAUGGUGAUGGACCUGAUGGACAAAAAAGUUAAGGCGCCUUCCCCCACUCCAUCUCUACUAUAGACAUAUGCUUGCGGGAUCCCGCAAGCAGAAGCAUAAUUAUAUGCCUCCCAAGAUGAAUACAAGGGAGAUAGUACUCUCACUCUACUAAGUACUUGAGGCAUCCAUAUUCUACUUGAUGAGGGAUCUACUCCACAGGAAAGAUGAAUUGAAGAGAACAAGUCCUCUAAGACGAGAAAAGUGAUGCUGCAACGGUAAUCUGGCACCCGCGUGACCUAGCAAUCGAUGACCCAACUGUGGACACACAUUGGAAACGUUCGCCUUUCUCUUCUUUGCUGGCGACGAACCUGUUUUUAUCGAGGCUCCUCGUUUUGCGGGCGCACAUUGUCGAGAACCCGCUCGACGAUGGAGGCUAUCAUAUACCAGAAAGUGGAUACGUAUUUCAUCCCGAUGCAGAAUUUGAAAACCCCUUGGCAACAAAUCCAGAAAGCAAAAGUGAUCAGCAUUUGUUUCGGAUUGUGAGGACAGGAGAAAGAGGCGAUACUAGAGGUGGAGGAAGUAGUGGCGGAUACAACGACCACCAGGGUGGCCACUUAAGGACUACCACAUUGCAUUCUUCGCUACCAUCUAACUUGGCUUUUUUUCCAGCAGGUGGAAAAGGGCCAGGGAUGAUCUGAAGAAUGCGCAAAAAUGUCGCAACCUCUAAAACGCGGCAUUUUUUAUUCAGAGGAGUACGCAGCGGCGCUGUCGAAGGGAACGCUGACUGUCUUGGGGAGCAUCCGAGUCGAAGAACAGACUCGAAGAGCGCUCCUUCCGGAGCAGCAUGCGCCACACGUCUUAGCUUCGUCCACGGCAGCAACAGCGUUCCUUCCAAAGCAGCAUCUUGUUGUACCAGCUGAGGCCCCUUCACAGCGGCAUCUUCGAUCGCGUCUACAAGAACAUCAAGGUCGUGUUGAAAAUCCCCCGCGUUCUGACCAACAAGUUCCUCGUGUUGAAAGACCUCCUCAGCAAGUAAAAGACCUCGAGUAUUAUUUGCAGAUAGAAAUGCCGUCUUGGAAGGCUCGGUCUGUGCCUAUGUGUGUCCCGAAUCGACGGGAAUUUCGAUCGGAGAGAUUAUGAAUCAUAUCCGCUCUUGAGAGAGUACAGCAUGAUAGACCUAAUAAUGAGCAGCUUGUUGUAUCAUAAAAAGCACCACUCUAAAAAUGAGCAGCUUGUAUCAUAAAAAGUGCCACUAAUUCAGUACCCCUCCACACUAAAUCAUGAUAGAGUCUUGGUUGGGUUUCCUACUACUACUACUACUGCUACUACUACUCCUACUACUUGCUUACUAGUUGGAGACGAGCAGCCAGCAUGUUUAUACUUGUUCCACUGAAACCGCUUCUGAGAGAGUAGGACGAGUACACCGUCGCUAGUUGUGUACGAAGAAGUAUUACAAGCAAAACUGUUUACUUUCACCCCUGCCUCUACUGGUGCAAGAAAAUCCAGUGGCAUGAUCUUCUGCGACGCUGGUUAGACUAGAAACAUCAACAUCAUACUUCAUACCCAUCAACAUCAUACCCAUCAACAUCAUACCCAUCAACAUCAUACACAUCAACAUCAUACCCACCAACAUCAUACACAUCAACAUCAUAUUACACAUCAACAUCGUACACAUUAACAUCAUACCCAUCAAACAACAUCAUACAUCGUACGCUGAUCAAAAGCUGAGAAAAAGAGAAGAUCGAGAUUCAACAUCCAUCGUGCAAACGAACUCUCUAACAAUAGCAUGCUUCGAUAAGGAAGCAAUCCGCAUACUCGAACCUCAUACCAAGAAACUUAUGGUCUUCGGCUCCUUUCAGUAGCAUCUUUCUUGUUCAUCUUCCUUCAGUCGCAUCUUCUCCUCGGCUCCUUUCAGUCGAUCUUGCUUCAGUAGCAUCUUCUCUCGUUCUUGAGUAUGUUGUGGUGUAGUAAUCAACAGCAACACAUGAACAAUCAAGCAGAGAAUUGAUCAUAUUCUAGCUGUCAUAACUGUAGAAGAUAAUCAACAGCAACCCUAGUAGAAAUGUUGUUGUGGUCCCGACUAGUACUAGUUUAGCUGUACUACAUGUAGGCGCAAGAAAAGGCUUUUGUUGAGUCCUCACGAGUUUACUUAUACUAUAGGUCUAUUAAUAAUAAUAGUGUACUGAAAUACUAGUACAAGAUCAGCAGAAUGCUACAACAUCAGCAGAAUAAUAUCAGAACGGCAAUAGUACGACCCAAGGACGUAUCACCCAUUGCAAUUAUUUAAGAGUUAUAUAUAAGAUUUUAAGAAGUCCUCUUCUAAUUUAAGACGAGUCCCCCGUAAAAAUGAAAAUGGACGUGUCGUUACUUUGGCCGAAGUCUUUUGGCGACCUGAGACAAUUGGUUUUACUACUGACUCAGAUAUACAGUUUUACCUACCCCCUCUUACGGGAGGAGACUUCUUAAGGCGAAUAUUAAUUUCUAGAUAAUAUUCAUCUCUUGUUGGCGCGCGUCUUCGUGGUCCUUGAAAAGCUUUUCAAGGCACCAGACGAAGCAACGUCUAAGACGAGAUGAAUUGCGGCCGAGACCUUUCCUCGUCUAAGAGACGGAAGCGUAGACGGAACAAGCGUAGGAAGUGGAGAGAAAAUUGCUUUGGUUCCUGGACCUGGUGACUUAUCCGACUUAUCCCUGCGUCUAUUAAGGCUCGAAAAUAUUCACAUGCGCGUCUUGCUCUUGGUCGUGAUCCCAACUUCUUUUGUAUAUCCACGACAUCUUGCUCGACUUGGUCCUGAUCCGCACUUCUUUUCUGCUGUACAAGGGGUUAGUAAGUUCUUAGUUUGAUUAAUUGAUAUUUUCUAUAGAUGAUGCAUGCCCAUUCUAUUUAUCUAAAAUUACUAUACUAUUAUUUCUAGUCCCAUGGCCUUUUCAAAAGAGAUGAAAACGGAGAUCACGACUCAGAAAAUGAUGUCGUUUUAGAUGGCUUUGCAUUUAAGUACCCUCUCAAGACAAGAACUACUUCUACAAGGUCUUUUUACAAGAAGAAGGUCUUUCUACACGACGCAAGGUCUACUUUCUAAUAUUCGUACAACAUCCAGCACCUCCGAUCAAAGGAGACGCCACCGACGAAAGAGGAGAGAGUUUCUUGCGUUCCGGAAGAGAGGGCGUUGUGACUCCAGAAGAAGGUAUCUCAACGAAAGGAGGCCUCUCUCUUCGUCUAGUCGACCCCUUUUUACGCUCUGUUGCUGCCCAACUCAUAAAACGGAGCCGCAGCCUCGUCGCGGAACGAGAACCAGAUGCAGGGAUUUUAAGAUGAAGUAGUAGAAGUACUAGUCUCUACCGCUAUCUAAAGUCUGGAGGAUGUCUAAACAAAUUUAGAUCAGAGGUACGAAAUACAAAUAGCUACAAAUAAUAUAAAUAUAGAUGAGAUAGUACUAGUAGAUAUGCACUUGAAUGAUCUUGCUUUUUUCGGUAGUUUUUGUUUUUCCUACUAGUUAGGUCUGCUCAACCACUGUAAAGAGAUGACAACAGUCCUCAGGAUUUACUACCUAGUGCGUAGUGUGGUACCAAGUACCUGGGAACACCUACCCCAUAAAUGGCAUGAGGCACAUUAAUGAUGAAGUACGUUAAUGAUCUCCAUUCACGACGAACAAGUAGCUUCACAUUUAUUCAUAAUAACAAGUACAGUGGUAUUGUAGAAGUUGUGCUAGUCCGUACCCGUAGUAGAAAAUUGGCUAUGGUACUAAUUCUAUCAUCUUCUCCCGUUCUUGUUUCUACUUCUAGUAGGUCAUGACCACCAACACAGAUGGAUAGGAAGAUGGAUGUACUACCAGAAGCGUGACGAUAACUACCCUUUUCUCUCUUCCUCUGGUCUUUCUUUUUUCUAGUUUGUUAGGUCCGUCUGCUCCAACACAAUCUAUACCACCGCAAAUCAAUGGACAAGCCGAACCGUAUGGGCCGGGUGACGUCGCCGCAACGAUAUCACACCGUCAGCAAGCAGACAUCAUCGCUCUUUUGUUAAGCGAGGAGGUCUGAUUCUGAUGAAAGAGAAAGAAGUUCCAAUACCUGUCCUUUUACUCUCUUUCUCAUCUUUACGUAAAAGGGGUUGGUAGUUUUUACAACUGCUAAUAAGCUCUGCUCGCAGGGAGGUGGAGACGGGACAAGAAUGA